GUGUGUGAUUGUGAAAUGGGAAUAUGUUCCCCCCGACAGCUAAUGCUCUAAUAACCGUGGGAUCACUUCCACUUCUUCGCUACAUCGUUCCCGGGCAUUUCAUUGUGAAGAGCUGCACCCCGACGAACCAGUAGAAUCGCGACAACAAGACAACGGAGAAAUAAUUGUUGUUAUCUAGCACGAUCUAAUGCGUAUCUUAUUGUUUCAUUUUUUGAAAGUCACAGUUUCUUCAUAUUCGGACGGAAAAGAAGCGCUGCAAUCAAGCAACGAGAGAGGGGACAGCAUAUUAUUCUGUGGACUGUAGUAGUGGGCGAAAUCGGACAGAAAUAGAAAUUUAUACAUGUAGCCCACAGCAUUCGAAGAGAGGAAGAAAAUAAAAAAAGAAGAAAUUUUGUGGUCACCGCGAAAGGAAAAGAUCGCCAGUGACGUGAGUGAGUGAGUGAGGAGCCAGGAUUUUCGAUUGUAGACAUCGGAUAGCAGCGACCAACUUGGAUUCUUCGCUGAGUGAGACAGAAGCUUAACCACGGAUCAGUAUCAAGACAGCGUGUUGCUUGCAGUGAGUGGCGAUGCGCUAUGACGUGAUGAAUUUGUCCGUGACGUACCCCCCGACUCCCGGCCUGCCCCAGGGCCAUUACCUGUCCAGCCCGCACCAACCCCCUCUCUUCCCCAUGAUGAGUUCUGGUGGGAAGCUGCCCGCCAUCUUGUCGUCUGCUGGCGCCGCCUCCGUCCCUAUGGGCGUGUCCUCGUCUGGCACGUCGUUGUCUCCUUUAUCAUCAUCAGCCUCAACUUCACUACCUUCAGACUCUACUUCGUUAGUCGGUUUUCAAGGUUUAUCCGGAUUUCAUACAUUACAAUCCGGUUUUUCACAUUUACCCAGAGAUCGGUUGCUUCAGGGAAGUCUGCGAUCGUAUCCUCCACCUGCUUUCGUUACGGGAAGUAACGCAGGAAAGCAGAGCCACCUCCCGUACUUCGCGGAGCAGUCUGAUCAGUACAGCGAGUACAUCCGGCAAAUGUCUGCGGCUCAGGGUCAGCAGAGCCGCAGAGACGACUUCCCGGCGAGAAGACAGUCAGUAGACGGCCCAGCCCUCUCCCCGGGAGAGAACAAAUCCCACCGCGGCUCCCCGCCCUGCUCGUCUGACGACAACCGGCCCUCCUCUGCGAAAGAAGAAGGACAACACCAGCAACAGCAACAGAAGCUUCAGCAGGCAAACAACAUUGACAAUUUUUCAUCUCCUCAGGAAACGUCAGAUUGUAAAACAGACAGGACAUCGCCGUCCCCGAACAACACGACAACCGAUGACGCUUCAGAAGGGUACAGCUUUCAGUCGCCGCUUGGCGGACACAACCACAGAUUCCCAACACCUCGUGAUAAUAUGGAGAAGGGUGAGAAACUGAAUGAGGAGGGGGAAGGGGAGGGGGAGGAGGAUGAAUACCUCCAGGUGGAUUCCCCGCCCCCCUCUCCGCUAGGACACCACGUGACCCGCUCUCCGCGCCACUCGCUGGCCAGUGAUGACGAUUGUGAUGAGCAGGACAAGAAAGACCUGAGCUUCUCCCAUUAUGACCUCGACGACAUCGACGAUAAGAUUUGUGAUAACGAUGACGACGGCAUGCAAUGUAAAGAUAUUGACAAUAACAGUGAUGACAAUGAUACUGAUAUUAAGUUUGAAAAAACUGCAGAUAGCGACGGUGCUGAUGGGGGUCAUAACAAUAACAACGGGUCUGUGAAAAAGAAAUCUAGUCUGGUCAAGCCGCCAUAUUCCUACAUAGCUCUCAUCACUAUGUCAAUCCUGCAGUCUCCGAGAAAACGCUUGACGCUAUCGGGCAUCUGCGAAUUCAUCAUGAACAGGUUUCCGUAUUUCAGGGAAAAAUUUCCUGCCUGGCAAAACAGCAUACGUCAUAACCUUAGUCUGAACGACUGCUUCGUGAAAAUCCCGCGUGAACCAGGCAAUCCCGGAAAAGGGAACUACUGGACGCUGGACCCGGCCAGUGAGGACAUGUUUGACAACGGGAGUUUCCUCCGGCGUCGCAAGCGCUACAAGCGGUCAUCCCCACUGGACAUCAUGGGGCAAGGUCCGGCCUUUAUGUCUGCCGCUGACUCCUACUUCCACCACCACGGCUUCCUCAACCCCCACGCCCCCCACCCGGGCAUGUUCCCGCCCCACCCCGCUAACGCCGGACCCAUGGGCUACCCGUACCUGCCCCCCGGUCUGUCUCACCCGCUCUCCAUGAUACAGAGUGAAUACGCUGCCAGAGCUCACCACCAGCACGCUCACCACCCCUCCGCCCCUCCACAUUUCCACCUCCCUCUCGGCCAUGUAGGAAUCCCGUCCCUCCCCCCAGCGUCCCUAGCCCCAUUGCCACAUCACCGCAACCCCAACAGUCAGAUUCGCCAACUAGAGAAAUGCGACAUGCCGGAUUCCUCGGCUGUCAAAUCUGACAACCACAAAACCUCCCUCCCCUCGUCGUCUUCAUCUCCCCCGACAUCCCCCCGUCGCUCUCCCUCCCCCGCCCCCUCCCCUUCUCCCCCGACAUCAACCAUAUCAUCAUCACUGGCACACACAGUGUCCAGCCACCACACCCCGGCGCCAGCAAAGACCGGGUUUAGCAUUGACAACAUCAUGGGCACCACACACUCCUCAACUACCUCCACGCCGUCUCCGACAGCUCCCACCCCGAGCACGUCUUCAGCAAAAACCGCCGGUAAAUCCUCCUCCUCCAUGUCUUCAUCCAGCUCACCCCCUAUACCUCCUUCCCCCAUCUCCAGCAUGCCCCCGAAAUCUUCCAGUAUCUUUGACAAUCAUGCUUUUAUUAGUCCAGUUGGACUGUAA